AUGAUGUUUCAUAGGUGCUCCCUGGUUAUAAACAGGUAUGAAUAUGAUUUACACUUCCAGUUCACAUUGUAUCCAUUUCUGGAGAGGAUAUUUGGCCCUAUAGUAAUAGCUCGGAUUGCAGGAGUUGUGUCUAUACCACUACUCACGAGUUAUCCAUUCAUAGCCAUGUUGACUGGAUUUGCUCUCUCGUUGACUUUAAAUAGUGCAUCCAUUAUAAAGAAUGUUUUAUAUGUAUCCAUCAUAACGGGGACAUUCAUGCUGCAAAAUAAAGUUGUGCUAAUCUUCACCUCCUCAGUUCUAUAG